AUGGGUCUUCAUACUAGCUUCCCUGCCUACGGGGGUCGCGGCCCCAGCGACCUUCGCCUCGGUAUUGCUUUGGGCACGAUUGCGACCAUCUUCACAGCGUUGCGUGUUUAUGUUCGUAUUCGAAUGAAUAAAUUUGGAACUACUUCCCUCAUAUGGGCCCUUGUUGCUUGGUUGUUAACGACGGUCACACAAAUAUUUGCUGUUAUUUCCAUUUUCCAUGGCCUGGGAAAUCAUAUUUCAAUCGUGCAGGAAGUGGGCGAUCUACAGAGUUAUCUUUUGUUCACUUGGAUCACGGUCUUCUUCUUCAAUCUGGCUAUUCCAGUUGGAAAGGUAGCGGUUGCUGCAUUCUUAAUCGAAUUGAACUCGCAGAGCAACCCCAAAAUACGACGCAGUCUCAUCGUCGUCGCCGCUUUGAAUAUCAUUCUCAACAUCCCUCAGGUCCUCAUGGCCUGGUUCCAAUGCACUCCUCCGAGUGCGCUCUGGGAUCCGCUUCGCCAGAACCAGUGUGAUCACACAAGGAGUGUAUACUAUACCUACUUUGUCGGCGCGGUGGCUGCGGUCUCUGAUUUCUAUCUCGCCAUUAUCCCCAUUACCAUGUUGGUCCCUUUGCGCAUGGACCGGAAGUUGAAAUUGGGGUUGAGUUUCCUUAUGGGAUGCGGUAACUUUGCCGGUGCUGCUGCAAUUAUCAGAACGUGGGCAGCCAGGUUCAUUAUGGGCGAUGACCCUUCCCAUGGUAUGGGCAUCCUCUUCUGCUGGGGUGAAGUCGAAGAAUGGCUCGUCCUCAUCACCAUGUCCAUCCCACCAGUCUGGCCCCUCUUCCGACCUCUAACCAACCAAUUCAUCAAAUACACAAGCGACCGAAGUCAGCCUCAAUACAAGUACAAUGGCUACGGCCAGUCUGCUCCAACAAUACGAGGACAACAAUCCGAUGGACCAAUCGUUACAACCACUAUUUCCAUUUCAUCCCACAAAGGGGCAGUAGCGGCCGAUACCGUGGACGACGAGGGGUCCGACUCCCUCUCCAGAUACGAGGAAGAGCCUGAGACAUCUCAGAUGCCCCUUGGCCCCAAUGGGCACCCAGAAGGGUGGGUGGAGAUGUCUCAAUUUAAGGAGCAGAAGCGCACUUGA